CGGAGAAAAAAGGUAAACAAACGCAUGUGUUGUCGGUAGAUCGGAGCGGUAGUUAACGUGUGUUUCUUAAAGCAUUGUAAACUCUGCAUUUAUUCUUUAAGAUGUCUAAAUCGCUAGUGAAAAAAGCUUUUGCACUAGCGGAACAAGAUCUGCUAGCAUCUUCAUCCAAAAACAAAACAAAUGACAAAGCGACGAAACGGAAAGCAAGCGCCAUGGAGCUGAUACCACGACACCAGCAACUUGUAGAGUUGGUUGGAAAGAAAGGUAAAAAGGUGGAAAAAGAUUUGAUACGCCGCCGCGAGAAGCUCACCGUCACGGACGUCCGGAAACAGAUCGCCAAUCGGCGUGAUCCUACAGAGGAUAACAUUAAAAAAUUGCUAAUGCUCACCACCUCCAACCUGGACGAUGUAUCGCGCGAAACGAUCCUGAAACGUGCCCGCACUGGCCAUUACGUAUCGCGGGUACGCGUGCCAAAGGCAAACCGAAACAAAUACGGCACCAAGAUGGCAGAAGAGGAUGAGCAAGGAGGUGUCGCCAGUGUAUUUACUGAGGAAGAUUUCGCUAAUUUUGCUAAGGAGCUUGCAACUAGCGCAUUGCUGCAGAAAUAAAGCCGGUUAAGGUGGUUAAAUUAUCUUAAA